GCGCACAUCAGCUUCCGUGGGAUGAGACAGCAUACGGCAGCAAUCAAGAAUGACUUUACUCUCCUAUCGCCACAUGGACCCACUUGAAAUAUGGCCGGCGCCUCUGAGUGUGCAGUUGGUGCAGUCCUACAGCAGUACACUGGCGAGGGUUGGCGCCCAAUCGCGUACUUUUCCAAGAGACUCUGCCCAGCAGAGUGGAAGUACAUCACCUUCGACUGCGAGAUCCUGGCAGUGUAACUCGUCAUAGAGCACUUUCAACGGUUUGUGGAAAGACAGAAAUUCUCCCUUCGUCAAGCUCGCCACCUUAUCCGACAUGUGAGCGGGGGAGCUAAUGUGGUGGCUGAUGCACUUCCACGGGAAGUUUCCGAAUGCAGCAGCCCACUUCGAUCGAUUUCGAGGCCUUGGCAGAAGCUAUAAAAAUGACUCAGAGCUCCAGGCGCUACAGAACUCACCAACAACUCCGUUCA